AUGAGUAAAUGUCUCCACACCACAGCGGGGUUUCUGAAGAAAACUGGAACUGAGCAGUUGUGGUUGGAGCGGCACUUGAAGGAUCCCUUUGUCAAGGCAGCAAAGCGGCAGCAUUACCGUUGCCGAAGUGCCUUCAAAUUACUGGAGAUUGAUGACAAGCUUCGUAUUCUUCGUCCAGGACUUUCUGUUCUUGACUGUGGAGCUGCGCCUGGUGCUUGGAGCCAGGUUGCUGUAGAGAGGGUCAACGCCUUAGGUACCGAUCCUGCUAUCCCCACCGGCUUCGUCCUUGGUGUUGACCUCCUGCGGAUUUCUCCGCUGGAAGGAGCUGUCUUCCUGUCUGAGGCUGACAUUGCAGACCCGAGCACGCUGAGGAGGAUCCAGAGUCUGCUUCCUGCAGAGAAGGUGGAUGUUAUCUUGAGCGACUUGGCACCUAAUGCCACGGGCAUUAAAGAACUGGAUCAUCAGAAGUUGAUCAAUCUGUGUUUAGGCCUUCUGAAUCUGUCCCAAAGUAUUUUAAAGCCAAAAGGAACAGUGCUCUGUAAAUUCUGGGAUGGACAUGCGUCCCAUCUUCUGCAAAACAGACUGAAGGAGCAGUUCCAAAAUGUGAGAACUAUAAAGCCUCAGGCCAGCCGAAAGGACUCUGCUGAGUGUUAUUAUUUGGCAAGACUGUACAAAGGGAAAUGAAAGCUGAGAACCACAGAUUAUCAAACAGGUGGUCAGACACUGAUUGGAAAUCUGAGUUUGGCAUGUGUUUAAAGAAAAAUCUCACCAUUAAGACCC